AUCACACCCUGUUUUUUGUUCUUCAACAUGAUUCCGUUCAGGCUUAAUAUUAAGAAACUAGCACCCUUCUGUCUUGUCUUGAGUCUUUUUGCCUUGAACUCUGUGUUUGCAAGGUUUAUAGUGGAGAAAAGUAGCAUAUCGGUGCUAUCUCCAUUGAGCAUGCGUUCCAAGCAUGACGGUUCCAUAGGCAACUUUGGAGUACCUGACUAUGGAGGGUUCAUGGUGGGAUCGGUUGUGUAUCCAGACAAGGGUGCCGAUGGAUGUAAACCCUUUGAUGGCGUUAGCUUCAAGUCUAAGUUUUCCCGCCCCACUUUUCUCCUUCUUGAUCGUGGAGAAUGUUACUUUGCCUUGAAGGUAUGGCACGGUCAACAGGCUGGUGCUGCAGCGGUGUUAGUGGCUGAUAGCAUGGAUGAACCUCUAAUUACAAUGGAUUCUCCUGAGGAGAGCCUUGAUGAAGAUGGAUAUGUGGAGAAGAUUGGGAUUCCAUCAGCUUUGAUAGAAAAGUCUUUUGGUGACAGCCUGAAGCAAGCCUUGAAGAAAGCUGAAGAUGUUGUGCUAAGGUUAGACUGGAGAGAGUCGAUGCCCCAUCCUGACCAGAGAGUUGAAUAUGAGCUCUGGACAAACAGCAAUGACGAGUGUGGGAUUCGUUGUGAUGAGCAGAUGACUUUUAUAAAGAAUUUCAAGGGUCAUGCCCAGAUACUUGAGAGGGGGGGUUAUACUAUGUUUACACCACAUUACAUAACUUGGUAUUGCCCUGAAGCCUUUAAAUUAAGCAGUCAGUGUAAGUCUCAGUGCAUAAAUCAUGGGAGGUAUUGUGCCCCUGAUCCAGAGCAAGAUUUUGGAGUUGGAUAUCAAGGAAAGGAUGUGGUGUUUGAGAACUUGAGGCAGCUCUGUGUCCACAGAGUUGCCAACGAGAGCAACAGGUCUUGGGUUUGGUGGGAUUAUGUGACAGAUUUUCACAUAAGAUGUUCUAUGAAGAACAAGACGUACAGCAAAGAAUGUGCUGAGGAUGUCAUGAAAUCACUUGAUUUGCCUGUCGAGCAAAUCAAAAAGUGCAUGGGUGAUCCUGAAGCAGAUGUGGAGAAUGCAGUUCUUAAAAUGGAGCAAGAACUUCAGGUUGGCCAAGGAUCGCGAGGAGAUGUUAGCAUUUUGCCAACAUUGGUUGUUAAUAACGUUCAGUAUCGAGGGAAAUUGGAGAGAACAGCCGUGCUUAAGGCCAUAUGUGCUGGAUUCAAGGAGACCACAGAUCCUCCAAUUUGUUUGAGUGGAGAUCUCGAGACUAACGAGUGCCUUGAGAGGAAUGGUGGCUGUUGGCAGGACAAAGAAGCGAAUAUAACUGCUUGCAAGGACACAUUUAGGGGAAGAGUGUGUGACUGUCCCAAUGUGAAGGGUGUGCAGUACAGAGGAGAUGGUUAUGUAUUUUGUGAAGCUUUUGGACCUGCUAGGUGUACAAUUAAUAAUGGGGGUUGCUGGUCUGAAACAAGAAAUGAGUUGACUUUCUCAGCUUGCUUAGAAAACCAGUUAACAGGCUGUCAAUGCCCACCAGGCUUUCGCGGGGAUGGCCACAAAUGUGAAGAUAUCAAUGAGUGCAAGGAAGGUCUUGCUUGUCAGUGUAGUGGUUGCUCCUGUAAAAACACUUGGGGCGGAUAUGAGUGCAAGUGUAAGGGUGAUCAUCUCUAUAUGAGGGAACAAGAUGUUUGUAUUGAACGCAGUGGGUCAAGAUUUGCAUGGUUCCUCACCUUCGUUAUCCUAGCAGCUUUGGCCGGUGCUGGUCUAGCAGGUUACAUUUUUUACAAAUACAGGCUCCGGUCUUACAUGGACUCGGAGAUCAUGGCUAUCAUGUCACAGUACAUGCCACUUGACAGUCAGCAUGCCAACGAAGUUCCCAGUGAGGCUCAGCCUUUACGGCAAACCUCAACAGCAUAAGAAUGGAAAACAAAAUGUCCUCAGCGCCAAAGACGCAGCUCCAUUGCAUGCUUUUCUGGAUAUCAGUCUUCAUGUACAUGUAUAGCAGCUCUUACAGAAGCCAGAAAGGGGAUUGAUUCCUCUUCGGCCAUAUGAAUCAAUAAGGACAGCUACACUUAUCUGUAUACUAAAGUCUUCCUUCACAGAACCCUUCUUUACCCUCUUUGUAGAUAAAAGUAGUUGAGAUGUAAACAGAGAUAGAAGGAUGACGCUGUAUCAUGUGACAAUCAAAAGAAAAUAAGCAAGUGAAGGAAAGAGCGGUAUAGAGAAAAGAAUGUCUGAAAUCAAUGCUGUUUCCCCUUCUAUCUGUAAGUUUGAAGAGAAGAUUGUUGUUAUGGGAUGUAAUUUUUGU